CUCAAAACCCCACGAGGCAUCCAGCCGCGUGGCCGAAGCCGAAGCUGGCCCGCCAUGGCGCACUCCCUGCCGGAGGGGAUGGACAUCUCCAAGUGGAACAUGCUCUAUCCCAAUUACAUCAAUUCAAAGAAGACGGUGCAGGAGGGUCGACGGAUCGCAGCCGAGAAGGCUUGCGAGCACCCUCGAGCAUUUGAGAUGGCCGAGAUUUGUGAGUACCUGAAGAUUCCGCACGUGUGUGAGCCAGACAAGGCAUAUCCCCGAGAUUGGCUCAUUAGAGGACGUGUACGCGUUUUGCUGAAAACACCGGAAGGUGCCUACACUCAUCCGGAGAUCCACACAAAGAAAGAUGUGAUGCUGAAGAUGGGCGAACUCAUCCCCAAGCUGAAGGGUCGUGCAAAUGGACCACCUGGGCCCGCAAUCCCUGGCCUCGGCGUCGGCCCCACCGGUGCGGCUGCUUCCUCGGCCAGCAGUAAAGAUGCCAAAAAGGAGGCAAAGAAAGAAGAAAAGAAGGCAAACAAGAAGAAGAAAUAAUGUUGAAAGAUAAAAA